AUGAACAAAAACAAACGGUGGCUGGCGAUGGUCGCCGUAGUAGUACUUGCAAGUGCAGUUCGAGGAUGGGAUUGUGUCUGCAAUCCUAGAGAGUGUGAAGCACUUGAACCGAGCGGCUGUCCUGGACUUGGAAAAGUUGUUUGGGAUCCAUGCAGGUGCUGCAAAGUUUGUGCAAGAACACUUGGUGAAGAUUGUGGUGGAUUUAGAGGGACUUGCGAACCAGGUCUUAAGUGUCUUGAUGGAUCUUGUACUCCAACAACGUGA